AUGGCUUCGUAUUGGUACUCAACCAAUGGCAUGGAUCACCGUCGUUUAUCAAGCCGUCAUUUACCAAUACUAGAUCAGGCAUUUGAACGACAUGCACGUAUACAGAUUUUUGACGACGAGUUAUUUGGUCAAAACGUGCCAGCAAUAGCCAAUCCUUACCAAGGCACCAUGACAGCAGGUGAUUUACAUUUUGGAUUAUACAGACAACCACCCAUGUGGCGUAUGAGUGACACAAGUUUGGACACAUUGAUUCUAUUAGAUCCAACGGAAAUGAUAUCAAAAACAUCACGGCUAUCAAACGGCAAUGAAUUAGAUGAACAAUCAAUCAUCAGCAGCGACAGAAAAAAGUACAGAUUUAUGCAGAGAAAGCCACCAGUGGCCGUAGAAGACAAUUGUAUCUGUUGUGUCAUUAGUUGA